AUGAAGGGCCUGGAGAGGCGCACGUGGACGGGCGCCCCCUGGCUGGACGCCGUGAGCAGCAACCCGCUGGACAUGAACCUGCUGCCCAGCAUGAAGCGCAAGAAGGGCAGCAAGAAGGGCGCCGGCGCGCCAGACCUCACCAGGAUCCUGGGCUACCAGCCGCCGGCCGACGCCGACGCCGAGAGCGACAGCGAGCCCGAGGACGCCGCCGAGGGCGCCGGCGGCGGCGGCGCGGGCGGCGACGGCGUGCUCGACCGCGAGUGGCUCAAGAUGCGCGCCGCCAAGCUGCUGGCGCGCCACAACGCGAGGCAGCAGCAGGCGGCGGCGGCGGCGGGGGCGCGGUGA